AUGGCAUCCACCUCGCAAUACAAAGUUCGUGUUCACAUGAAUGGUGAGACUUACCACUGCGACGCAAAUGGUUUUCUAUUUAGAAACACUAACUCCACACGUUUUGCUCUAAAUAGUAAAGCGGAUUUCUCGUAUCUAAAAAAGAAAAUCGAGUUCAAAAUUAGAGAACCAGUCUCUCAAAUAUUUUACCAACAACCAUACGUUCAACCCGACAACUCGGUCAAGUUUUAUCAAUCACAGAUACAAACUGACAUAGAGGUCCAAAAUAUGUUCCUUAACCAUGAGUAUUAUGGUUAUGAUUAUCUGGAGUUGUACAUAGUGGUUGAACAAAUUGUUCCGUCGCAAGAUAUGCAGUCACAAGUUAUUGAUCCUGUUGUUGACGACGAACAACAACCCGAAGUUGUCGUCGAUGAAGAAACUGAAGUAGAAGAUGUGGUUGAUGAGUUGGUGAACCGUGAUUCCGACGAUGAAGAACAAGUUCCAUUACCUGAUGCGCGUGCAUAUUCACCUUCAGCGCACUUCACAACACUUAAUUUGGGGGAGGAUGAGCCAUCUUUUGAUAUGUUCUACAACCCAUAUAUGAGGUCAGACAAGGAGUUAAAAGAGGGGAACACGUUUCGUUCGAAGGAAGAUUGUAUGCUAGCUAUAAAAAACUGGCACUUAACAAACUGUGUUGAUUUCAAAGCUGGUCGCUCAAAUCCAGAAAGAGUAACUAUUUUGUGCAGAAACCCGGAGUCUGGAUACAUGCUGAAGGCAUCAUUUAGGAAGAAAUUUAAUGCUUGGGUGAUACGUUCGAUUUCUCAAGCCCACACUUGCGUCAACACAAAUAUGGCGCAAGAUCAUCGGAAAUUAAGUCAUGACAUGAUAUGUCAUACCACCAUACCUCUCGUCGAAGCUGACCCAUCAUUGAAGGAGGAAUCCUACCAACAACUUCCUCGCUACCUGGCUGCACUUCAAUCGUAUUCACCUGGGACUGUUACUAUAUUGGGACACUCCUGGCACAAUCCCAAGACGGAACCCCUCUCGAAGGGAACAUUGCUGAUGGCGGUCGCGCAAGAUGGAAACAGCAAUAUUUUUCCAAUAGCCUUUGCUCUGGUAGAACGAGAAACAACUGCUGCUUGGAGUUUCUUUCUGAAGAAUCUCCGAGCUAGAGUUGAUCCACAAUCUAAUCUUUGCUUGAUUUCGGGCAGGCGCGCUUCUAUUGACAGCACAUACAACAAUCCGGCAAAUGGUUGGCACGACCCACCGUCUAAGCAUAUGAGUUACAGCACACAUGACAAACAACAUAAACUAGGACUAGAAAUAAAUUUUUACCUAAAGGCAACAUUUGAAAAGACAGCACAAUGA